GUGUAGCCAGUUCAGUGAGUUUGCCUGUCUCCUGCUAUUUCUGCUAACCUUAACAUUGACAAACAACACGGAUGAAGUGAUGCCGUGAGCACUGUAAGCGCCAAAGCAAAUCAAGCAAAUGUAUUAAUGCGCGGAUGAGCGAGCGAGCUACGCACGUUUUUGACGCGUUAUUAAUGUUGUUAUGCAUAUAAUCAUAUGCUGCAAUUCCGGUAGGCCGGGCGCCGGGCGAGGAGAAGCCACCUCUCCUCAUUGACGCUAAUGACGCUGUCAUAAUGCUAAAGUUAAUUAAACUUGUGCCUAAGGUUAUCCGUGGGUUCGUGCAAUGUGCAUGUGUAACGUAUUGCGUAUACGAAUACAUGGGCGACAUUGUGGUGUGCAGCGGCCCGUCCAUGGAGCCUACUUUGUAUACCAACGACGUCUUGCUUCUGGAACGAAUAUCAGUUAGAUAUCAGUGGUUCGAGAAAGGGGAUAUCGUCAUUUCCAAAUGUCCCAACAAUCCAGAGCAGAAUAUAUGCAAGCGAAUUGUAGGUCUGCCUGGCGACAAAAUAUGGAACGGCUUGACUUUAACAACGAUACCUUAUGGACACGUUUGGUUGGAAGGUGACAACAGAAAUAAUUCUACAGACUCACGUGUGUACGGGCCAGUUCCUCAAGGAUUGUUGCGUGGACGAGCUUUAUGUAAAAUAUUUCCAUUGAGAGAUAUAACUAUGUUCACAAACAAAUAUGCAACUUAAAUUAUUUUUUACACAUGAUAGAUAUUUGUAUUAAUUAAGAAUCGUAAGAACAUUUGUUCGACUAUAUUUUAGUUAGGUUAGGUUGGAUUUAAGAAAAUAAAAGAGGUUUGUUAUAUAUUAUUUAUA